AUGACUGAUAAAGAAUCUUCUGAAUCAUUAAGAAUACCUAAUUUUGAAUUGGCUGAUAAGGCUUUUUUAUUAACAAAAUCAGAAUUAUCAGAUCGCCACCCACAAAUUAUUAAAGAAUUAAUUGAAGAAAUUACAAUUGAAAAAUUAGCACCAUAUUAUUAUCAUUUAACAAAAGAAUAUGUACCAAAUUUAAUUAAAUUUGAUGAACAUUUAUAUAAAAAUUUAUUAAAAUCAAAUGAUGAAGAAAUUUUUAAAUUAAAUGAAUCAAUUAAAAAAGUUGAAGAUGAAGAUGAAGGUCAAUUAGAAACUGCUGAAGGUUAUAAAAAAUUAGGUGAAUAUUAUACUAAAAUUGGUGAUAAAACAAAAGCAAUUCAAACUUUGAAAAAAGCUAUAGAAUUAACUCCAUCAACUGGUUCAAAAAUUGAUAUUUCUUUAACAAUUGUUAGAAUUGGAUUUUUUUAUGAUGAUAAAUCAUUUGUUUCAAAACAAUUAGAUUUUACUAAAUCAUUAAUUGAUAAAGGUGGUGAUUGGGAACGUCGUAAUCGUUUUAAAACUUAUCAAGGUUUAUAUUAUUUAUCAAUAAGAGAUUUCCAAAAAUCUUCAAAUUUAUUAAUUGAUUCAUUAGCAACAUUUACAUCAACAGAAAUUACAACUUAUGAACAAUUGGCAAUUUAUGCAACAAUUUCAGGUGCUUUUUCACUUUCAAGAAAUGAAUUAAAAGAAAAAAUCAUUGAUUCACCAGAAUUAUUAUCUUUAUUACCAGCCACAAAAAAUUUAACACCAAUUACUUCAUUAACUAAUUCAUUAUAUACAAGUGAUUAUUCAUUAUAUUUUAAAUAUUUAUUAGAAACAAAUGAUGUUAAUUUAAUUCCAUCAAGAUUUUUAUCAAUACAUUCAAAUUAUUUUAUUAGAGAAAUGAGAAGAAAAGCUUAUGCACAAUUAUUAGAAUCUUAUAAAACUUUAUCAUUAAAUUCAAUGGCUCAAGCAUUUGGUGUAUCAAUUGAAUUUUUAGAUAAUGAUUUAACAAAAUUUAUUCCAAAUAAAAAAUUAAAUUGUGUUAUUGAUAGAGUUAAUGGAAUUAUAGAAACAAAUCGUCCAGAUAAUAAAAAUUCUCAAUAUCAAAUUUUAAUUAAACAAGGUGAUGCUUUAUUAACAAAAUUACAAAAAUAUGGUGCAGCUGUUAGAUUAACUGGUACAACUGAAAAAUAA